CCUCUGUUUGUACUUUUCUGUACUGUUCAUGCCAAAUGCCUCUAAACUCAGUGGGUGGUUUAAAGAAGUUCCAACUUGCACUCCUUAUUUUCUUUGUAGAGCACUGAUUCACUCUACAUGUUUACACCAGAGAAAUUGUUUCAUGCAACAAACCUUUCCAAUCAUCAAGUUUCCAAUCAUCCCCACUACUCUGUUUUGCAGAAUUUAUUUUCCAACACAAUGCAACACACGAGGAAUCUUAGGCUUUGUUUUUAUUGAUCUCAGCCAACAGACAUAUUGAAAAGUCAAAAAUGUGAACUAGUGAGUCAGGUCUCUAAUUCAAAAUUAUGUAUAUCUAAGGCUAAAUUAUUGAUGACAAUCCAAGUCAGUAUGAAGAGAUGCUAAAUCACUUGUCGCGAAAAUAAAAUAUCAAGUGAUCAUUAUGAGACGCUAAAUCAGAAUAAUAAUAUAAGUCAAAAUGGCGUGAGAUUAAGUCAAAAUUUUGGAUCGCUGACUCAAAAGUAUGAGAUACUUAGAAUUAUUUCAGAUAUUUUAAGUGUAAGAUAUGAGAUGAGCCAAAUGUUUGACUUUUUUAAUUGUCAUGAUGUGUAAUUUUUUUUUUCCAUACUUUUCUUGGCAGACACUGGCUUCCAUACGCAUCUGACCUUGAAAUGACAGAAAAUGACAUCAGAACCUGUGAACAUCUCACCACACAUCAGCCUCAGAUAACGUCCCAGCGUGACUGCUGAAACACUAAAAUGAGAGAACACGGUACAAAAAAAAAAACAAAAACAGCUGCGGGUUUUGCGUUCCUGACUUCUGCCACUUGGUUCCUUCAACAAAAGUUUGACCUUUGUUGGCUCUGUCUAUAAACAAGGGGCACUCGCUGUUGACAAGGCCAGUAUUAACGUGAAGGACAUUGCGAACCAGCAGCUGUCUCAACAUUCAGGAUGUGCCGAACAAAAACCACUGUCACUUUUUGCAACUUGGAUGGCCAUAAGGUCAUAGGAAAGUCAACAGCGAGCAAAAUGAAAAGUGACAGUCAUCGGGAAAUUACAUAACUUUUGGCAAUGCGUGCACUUUUUUUUUUAACAUGAAAAUGGGAGCCAAUAUUUAUAUGUUUUGAUUUAGUAAAUGUUUCAUUCUGUUUUCUUGCACCUCAGCGGGGAAUUUCUGUAUGGAGAACAGGGAAGGUGAAGGGUUAAUUUGUGGCCGAGGAAACCUGAUGCUAAUUAAGUCUUAGGAAUGCCACAUACUGACAUUGUAUUGCAGAAGUCCUCGGAGUGGGUCAGGCAUGGAGAGAGCCAGCAGUAAUGCGUGUGUCUAAUGUUUUUAUUCCUUACUGACAGCAGGGAAAGCCAGUCUCACCAAACCCUGGAGCUGAAGGAGGGAGAGAGUGACAGAGAGCAAAAUGGUUUUAGUGACACCAGUGCUGUUGCUGCUGCUGUCUUGGGUAUCACUGCAAGCUGUCGCAGAGGUUUGCCGGGGGACGCACUGCUACGGCGCUGAAACCGGCGAUCCAAGACCGUGCAGCGGAGCGCACUGUCCGGGGAGCAGAUCCUCCAGACCGCCGCGACAGUUUAACCCGGCAACGCAGGGGAGAGCGGCGCAAAUAGCUGCAAGCCAACACCAUGCGUACCCGAGCUCUCCAAGGGCAGCAUCGGAAGCCUACCCGGCUGUCCAGCCACUUCGCGGGCGGCACGGUGACAGCAGCGGCGGCACACGGAUAAGAGCGCAUGAAAUUUUACCUGCAGGGUGCACCGAUGUGGACUGCCUCGCUCUUGUGAAACAAUUUCAGCCCACCAAUGACACCCGAGACUGUAGAGGGAUUGAGUGCAGACUGCCGCUUAAGAUACGGCCAAGACCUCGAGUAAAGUCUUGUGUGGGAGAAGGAUGUCUGGCCGGAUCAGAGGAGAGCGCCAGCCAGCUUCCUCCUGUCCAUCUGUCCGACAGAGCCGCACAGUUCCUGGGAGAUUUUCCGGAGCUUGGAUAUCCGUCGUCGGAACUUGGCGGCGCGCCUUUGGGUGUCCAGCUCACAUGUGACAUCAAGCCGGGGGAGAAUGAAGUUCCCUCAGAAGAUGCCCUCAUCUUGCACCUCCAGCUGGCAAAGGGGCAGGAAAAGCUGGUGGAGGCCCUGCAAGCACAGCAGGUGGUCAUCCGCGACCUGCAGCAGAAACUCGCAGACCAACAGGAGGCACUACUGUCCCAGCAAAGGGAGAUCUUGGAGCAGCAGCGGCGCAUGUACGAGCAGAUGGAUGUGGUGAAGGCCCAGUAUGGCCUCCUCUCAGACACCGUCAAACAGGUUUCCUUUCAGGGCCUGCAGGGUGAGCUGCAGAGCUACUUUGAGAACCACCUGGCAGGUCUGCAGAACCAGGCCCGAAGCCACCUGCAGAAGUCUUACGCUGUCCACAAAAUGGACAUGGACUCAAAGGUGAUGGAUGUAGUUGGAGAGGCUCAUUUUCCUCAACCUCUGCUGGGAUGUCCCUCACCCUGUGGGCCAGAGGAGUUUUGUGAUUUUCAAAGGGACCCACCUCAGUGUGAGAAGUGCACCAUGUGUCCACCAGGCUUCUUUCUGAUCUCGCAGUGUUCUCCUACUGCAGACAGGAUGUGCCAGGACAGAGACGAAUGCCUUGAAUUAUCAAACAUUUGUGGUGAGCGGGUCAAGUGCCUUAAUACUCCAGGAGGAUUCAAGUGUCUGGGAGUUUCUGAGAGAGAAGCAGUGAUGGGCUUGUGUGGUCACGACUACUUCUACAACCAGGAGCUGCAGGAGUGCCAGGCCUGUUUUGACUGCGAUGGAGAGCCUGUCACUGUUCCCUGCACAGCUGUCAGUGACGCUGUCUGUGGCAGGUCUUCGGAAAGCCUCCUCUCUCGGUCUUGGGGGGGCAAUGUGGUCGUCCCCCCAGCCAGGAUCUCUGGCAUCCACAUCUUCUCCGGGCUUCAACUAAACAUCCGAGGCAAAGAGAUCACUGAUCUGUUGGCCAAUGAGGAAGGGCAGGUGACGUUCCUGCAACACGGUCUGGUGUGGUUGGAUCAUAACUUUGCAGUAAAGCACAGUUGCAGGAACUUCCUUCAGGUGGGAAUGAGGCUCAAUGGGAGCCAAGAGGAGGAGGGUCAGGACCUCAGUGGUGUUCGCAUCGAACAGCCAGAGGGGAAGUACUUCCAGGGUGUUAGCAUGAGUAGCGGAGUUGAAGUGGAGCCUAACCAUACCUUCACCCUGCUGCUAAAGAGCCCGAAUCAACACUGCAACCAGAGUAAGGAUCUUCACGUCUAUGAUAUCAGCACUCCGUCUUUUAGUCUGCUCUGGCUGUCACAUGAUACUGGUGCUGUAGCUAUGACGGCGCAGAUGUCCCUGUUGGUGCAUUACCAGACCAGCUACCGUCCAACGUUCCGCAUGACCUCAGUGUCCGACCCAUAUAUGAUCAUUCUAACCCAUGACAACCGCGGUGUGCGCUUCACAGAAAGGGGUGUUGUGAAGUUCGUCCUCCAACAGGCGCUUUAUUCCAUGGGCCACACCUGCAUUCGAGAAGGUUUCUCCCUGAUAGCCUACACUAACCACAAUGGUACUGGCCAGGAAGUGAUGCAAGCCUUCAAGGCAGGCGUCAACUACAGGGACACUUCUAUCACCCUCUCUGGCGCUGUGAACGUGGACAGUGGGGACACGCUCAGCUUUGAGAUUGCAACUCCUUCCCAGUGCAAUAUCCGCUACUUCGGGGACAGCACUGGGAUCAGUAUGCUGAGCCUUAUCUGGAUUCCUUCGGCGGUGUCAUCAGCCCUGAUGGCUACUGUGUCGAGGACUGGUCUGCCCUUUGGAGCAGUCAGGAAUAAACCGCUGUUAUUCCAGCAGAUCAGUCCGGACACACCGCAGGUUCAUUUGGCCCGCUCAGGGGAGCCAAACAGCCGGAAGAACUUUAUAUUCCAUGAGAAAGGGACAGCAAACAUAGCCCUUAACCUGAAGCUGAUACACUCUUGCAAUAUUGUAAAACUCACUUUGCAGCAGGUGGGGGGUCAGGGCGGACAGGCAGGGCCUGUGGCUCAGCAGGUGUCUGGAUAUAUGCCAGAAGGGAGCCAGUGGGCCAGUAUUGGGCUGAGGGCCUCAUUUCAGGUCCAGAAUGGUACAGCAGUGUAUGUUACUCUGGACUGUAUCCGAGGACGAGUUAACCAAAUAACACAUGAAGGAGGCACUAACAUUUCAGUCCUUUGGGUUGCAGUGUGAUCCAAGCAGCGAUGAAGCCUUCAUUAAUACAAAUGACAGUUUUGCACGAUAUUGAAUUGCAGAGCAGAUUCAACAAUUUACCAAAUUAAAGAAAAGAACUGGUUGAUGAAAAACAAUGUUAUUCAUCUAAUACACUUAUUUUGUCAUAUUAUUGUUGUUUUAAAUGCAUCAGCGAUUUAGACUUUUAUUGUGAAAUCUUUCGGGGUAUGAUUUAAAUAUUGUAAGUACUGCCUUUGCUUGAAGUACUUCGGCUGGUUGAGCAGUGACCAAUUCUUCAUGAAAUAUGUUUAUAUGUGUGUGUGUGUGUGUCUAUAUAGUUUGUAUGAGUGUGUGUACAGACAUGUGCAGUGGUGCUCAUAUAUGUAUGUAUGUGCAUGUGUACACAUAUUGGCAUGUCUAGUUUUGCAUACUUGUAUGACUCGUUUGAUAAGUAUAUCUCUCUGUUCCUGCACAUAUUUAACUUGCGUACUGUAUGUAACAAAACAUUUUUGUAUUAUAUCGUGAGGCAUUUAAAACAGUGGUUUGUCAUUUUGGGAGACACGCUAAUUCUCUUUCUGUUAAAUCAGAGUUAAAUGAGAAAAUACCCUCCACCACUGGUUAGCCUUGCUGGCUGUCUGCAAAGGUGACAGAAUCUGCCAACAAGCACCUCUAAAGCUCAGUUAUUAACACACUAUAUCAAAUCCCUACAAAAACUGCAGUGUGAAGGAUUUGCCAGACCAGUAUUUUCCUGGAGUGUGCAGUUGUUGUCUGGAAAACACUUGCAUUUAUAAUAUGAGAUAUAUAUAUAUGAUAUUAGGGUGGUAUAAAUCCUCUCACUUAAUGUUACACCACAAUGCAACAUGCAUUUUCCAAAAUGUGAAUUGUUCUGAAGAGUUUGCCAUUAAAGAGCUAUACACAAAUACUAUGUAAAUUUUCAAUAAGAAGGAGUUUUGGAUUUUGAUGUUGUUUUUCACUGUAUUUAUUUUUCUUUUAUAAAACAGGGGUUUUGCAUUUACACUACAGAAUGCAUAUAUUUGACAGACGUGAGAAAAAUAUACUGAGCUGACAGUGUCAAUAUUCAAAUACAUGCAGUGAUUGGCUCUAUCUUAUGUUUAUUUGCACACAUAUAGUUUAAUGUAGUAUUGUGGAAUGUGCAAACAUCAUACUUUGUUAUUCUUUUGCCUAAAUGCUGUUUUCCUGUG